AUGAACCUUCCCUUUUGGAAUGUUAGGGGAUUAAAUAAAUCCCCUAAACAACAUCUAGUUAAGCAGCACAUUCAUCAAUAUCAUAUAUCUUUUGUUGCUCUACUGGAAACCAAAAUUAAGGAAGGGAAACUGCCUGAGAUUGUUAAAAGAAUUGCAGCCAACUGGAGAUGGUUCUCAAAUGCAAACAGUACAGGCACUGCUAGGAUUUUGAUGCUAUGGGAUCCUAAUAUUCUGGAUUUACAAAUUUCUGGUUUCUCAGCCCAACAUAUCACUUGCAAAGUUUGUUCUACUGAUGGAAGACUGGACUGUUAUAUCUCUUCAAUUUAUGGUUUUAAUCAUAUGGAUAUGAGAAAAGAGCUUUGGUUAGAUUUGCACCAGAUCCAUCAAGUGAUUGGUAACCCACCUUGGCUUCUUAGUGGAGAUUUUAAUGCAAUGCUGGGAAAUGAAGAAAAAUUAGGUGGUGUUAUGCUUACAGAUGCUGAUAUCUUGGACUUUAGAUCAUUCACAGAGAGUUGUCAGCUUUCCCACUUAAAAACAUUGGGAUGUUUCUACACUUGGAACAAUAAACAGGACUCUGCCACUAGAGUCUGGAGCGGAUUGGAUAGAUCCCUUGUUAAUGAUUCUUGGAUCCAGAUUUUUAAUUCCGGUCAUGUUGAAUACUUACUCCCAAGUUUCUCAGAUCAUUCUCCAGGCCUUAUAUCUAUAUAUGAUGUAGAAAACAGAGGUAAAAAGCCAUUUAAGUUCUAUAAAAUGUGGAUCAAUCAUUCCAGUUUCCUUCCUACUGUUUCUUCAGUUUGGCAAUCUCACAUUGGAGGGUAUAAAAUGUUCUCUGUAAACUCAAAGCUCAAACUUUUGAAAGGUGCAUUACAAUCUCACAUUGGAGGGUAUAAAAUGUUCUCUGUAAACUCAAAGCUCAAACUUUUGAAAGGUGCAUUAAAGAACCUCAAUCAGGUGCACUUCUACAAUAUAUGUGAUCAGGUGAAUAAAGCUAGGCUGGAGGUGGAGGAUAUUCAAAAAAAGAUACAAAAUGAUCCCCUUAACCUAGUCCUCAUCAGUAAGGAAAAAUGCAGUAUUUCCUCCUAUAACAAAAUCCUGAAUUGUGAAUUGUCCUUCUUCCAACAAAAAGCUAAAAUUGCUUGGAGCAUACAAGGGGAUAGGUCCACCAGCUAUUUCCACUCAGUCAUCAAAUCUAAUAGACACCACAAUAGAAUUAUGGUUCUCUAUAACAGCUCUGGUGAAAGGAUUACUGAGGCUGAUAAUAUUACAAAUGAGUUAACUUCUUUUUUCAAGAACCUCAUGGGAACUGCAGUUGUAACAACAAAACCUGACAUAAACAUCAUAAAGAAUGGAUAUUGUCUGAAUGAUGUCCAAGCUAGUUGCUUAGCUGCUCCUGUUUCCAAAGAUGAGAUAAGAAAUGCAGUUUUCUCCUUAUCUGACAAUAAAAGCCCAGGCCCUGAUGGUUUUAGUGUUUCCUUCUACAAGUCUACUUGGCAAAUUAUUGGAGAGGAGGUUACAAAUGCCAUUGAAGAAUUUUUUAAAUCUGGAAAGCUUUUGGGUGCAAUAAAUGCUACAUCAAUUACCCUAAUACCCAAGGUAAACUGUCCUAAAUCUCCUUCAGAUUUCAGGCCAAUUUCAUGUUGUAAUUGUAUCUACAAGUUCAUUUCAAAGAUUCUUGCCAGCAGAAUCAAACCUAUACUUGGUUGUCUCAUAAAUGAAGCACAGUGUACUUUUGUUAAAGGAAGGCAAAUCUCUAACAAUACUUUGCUAGCACAUGAGCUUGUCAAGAAUUAUGGUAGGAAGACUAUUUCUCCAAGGACUAUGCUGAAUAUUGACAUUAAAAAAAGCCUUCGAUACUAUCAGUUGGAGUUUCUUGGAGGAUAUGUUAAAUGGACUUGGUUUUCCAAAAAAGAUGAUAACAUGGAUCAUGGCAUGUAUAACCUCUCCAAGGUACUCUAUUUCUCUUAA